AUGUCGAGUGGUGCGACUACGACCGGAGGAGCUGCUGGCGGCUCAGCAGCACUCCGAUUAGACGUCCCGUCACGGGACGGAGAGCCCGACAAGCUGCUGGCAUACAAGUUCGACGUCGGGCUCUUCAGCAAGAGCUAUAAGAUGCAGGACAGGUACGUGGUGGGACCCCAGCUGGUGAGAGCGCUGGGGGCAAGAACACGCAGACUGGCACAGGCGUGCCCAGACAUCGACAAGAUCGACGAAGUCACCGACGAGGGCAAGCUGACAGGAUGGCAACGCGUCUUCGACUUCAUCUUGUCGAAGCUCGACCUGUCCAAUGUGAACGAGAUGGGGAACUCGGCGGAGAAGUUCCUCAACAAGCUACAGCGGGAGCCGGGUGAGGGCUUCCCCGACUGGACGGCGCGCUGGGAGGCGCACGAGCGCGACCUCUUGUCGCAGCUCAAGGCGGUGGACAGCCCGGUCGUGGAGGUCAUCGCAGCGCCUCUGAGGACGUGGUGGUACCUCCGCCGAUCGCGCCUGAGCCCUGUGGCAAGGGGCGAGAUCACCGCUACGGCGGGCGGCGACUACGACUUCGGCAGGACGUGCAAGGCGCUGUGCACGCGGUACCCGCUGGAAGCGCUAAAGGAGAUCGACGGGGUCCGCGAGAAGAAGGACAGGCGCGCGGGGUUCUUCGGCGAGGCCGAGGAGGCCGAGCAGGAGGACCACGACUUCGAGGACAGGUCCGAGAUCGCGGACAUCGUGGACCAGCUGGUCAACUUAGCGGACGAGGAGGACUCGACCCUCUUCGAAGACUCCGAGCUUGCUGACGACUACGAGGACGGCAUCUACGCGGAGUUCAGGCAGCUGGGCAGGAACUUCAAGGACGCGAGGGACCUCAUCAGGAAGCUCAAGUUCGGGCACCAGGCGAAGGGCUGCCCCGAGAGGACGAAGGACCGCGGCAAGCCACAGCCCAACGAGAUGACCUCGUUUGCGCUUCUAGAGCUCGCCGACCUGGCGUUCCUCUUGGACGACGUGUGCGGCAUCUGGGCGAUCCUCGACUGCGGCGCCACGAAGGGCCUCAUCGGUGUGACGAUGGCCGAGCACCUCAUCUACGACAUGGAGGAGAAGCACAACAUACUGUUCGACGUGGCGGAGCGGACGCGGUACUUCACUUUCGGCGACGGCAGGCGCAAGAGCUCGAUGGGCACCAUGACGGGUGCCAUCUUUCUCGGCGACGGCCAGGAGAAGAUCGAGAUCUCGAUCAUGGACAACGAGGUGCCACUGCUGAUCGGCAUGGACGUGCUGGGACCUGAUCAUACCAACGCCCUCAUCGACUGCGGCAACGGCUACCUGAUGCUGCCGAAGAUCUCACAUCACGUCUUCCAGUGCCGGAAGAUGCCCAGUGGUCACCGUGCCAUCAACGUGACGACUCCAGCGUGGUGGCAGAACAUUCCCCAGAGCCUCCCGAACAUCGUCGGGAUCACACAGUGCAACACCCUGGAGGACGAGGCUAAGACGUCCGCGGUCGCGGACGCGGCGGCGCUGGCGCUGGCGAGUGCGUCGACGUCAGCUCAGAUCCAGUCCGAGGCCAGGGUCAUCCAAGGCGAGUUCGCUUCUGUACCCCCAAAGGAUGUGACCACGAAUGCUGCCGGAUCGAAUCCGACCGCCACCCUCGUCCAGGCGGCCAAGUCCAAGGCGCCGGGAUUUCAGAGGUGCGGCUGCUGCGGCCAACCAGGCCUCCCCGAGUGCAUGAUUCCCAGGUCGGCGAGCCCAGAGGUCAGUUGGCUGUGCAGGUCCGAGGUGAUCUACAUAAGGUGGAGGCGGAUGCUGUCCAAGGUCCUGAAGAGACUGGCGAACGACCCGUCCUCGGAAUCCUUCGAGAUGCUGGACGACUCACCCGAGAAGGACCUGGACAUCAUGCAGAAGGCUAUCGACCAGUACGAGCUGGACUACACGAAGGAGAUCGGCGACGACGUCAACUUCUUGUCCCGCAACGGCCGCUACGACUUGCUCGAGGUCUGCGCGCCUCCGAAGUCUCGUCUCUCCCAGGCGGCGGUCGACCUAGGUGGAGCCGCCUUCCGAGCUGGGGUACACAACGGGUUCGACAUGGCGACGAAGACUGGAGUACGACGGCUUGCUCUGUGGAUUCGUCAACAUCGGCCUCGACGCAUCGUCAUGAGUCCUCCGUGCACCGCGGACUGCCAACUCCAGAACUGGAACCAGAAGACCCCAGAGGACCGCGAACGUCUACGUAAAAAGGUGCAACCGGCUCGUCGGAUACAAGCUGGGUGCGAGACCAUCAUGUCGGUCGGGCUCCAACUCCGCGGGGCCGAGAUCGACCUGGAGCAGCCGCAGAGAUCUCAUAGCUGGGGACGUUCGGAGGCACUGAAGCGCAUCAGGGAGCAGACCUACGAGACGCUAAUGGCUGGCUGUGCUUACGGCCUCCGCUGCCCCCGCAGCGGCCUCCUCUUGCCCAAGGUCUGGAGGAUCUGCUCUACCGAUCCCGAGCUGCAGAAGGCCAUCGGCAAGCGCUGCAGUAAUCGCCCUGGUCGGCAUGACAACCGCGAGCAUGGUGAGAUCAUCGGGGGGAAGGUGGUAGCGGCCACAGCGUUCUACCCCGAGUUGUGCAAGGCCUGGGCGAAGCACAUUCUGCGUGCCGGAGGUGGUGCUACAGCUGGAACCUCAGCCCUCUCGGCGACGGACCAGGACACUGACGACGGCAUCUUCGAGGGCAUCGACGAAGACGGCGACCAGGAUAUGGAGGACCAUCAGGCGUCAGACGAGGAGCUCGACGAGGAUGACCACAGGGAGCUCUCCAAGGACGGCGGCACGCUGAGCACCAAGGAGGCCCAGGAGAUAGAGCACCGCCUCAGCCGACUUCAUCGCAAUCUGGGUCACCCCAGCGUCCGCACCAUGUUCAAGAUUCUCAACAACUCGGGCGCGAGCAUCCAGGUUCUGAAGAUGGUCAAGAAGUUUAAGUGCCAUGCCUGUGACUCCUCGGUGCUGCCGAAGGCCGUCAGAACAGCUGCUGGCAUCGACAUUCCCGAGGUAUUCGAGGUGAUGGGGAGUGACGGCCUCGAGUGGACAGACCCUGUUGACGACGCGACCUACCUGUUCACGCUGAACCUUGACGAGGGGCCUGGACUCACGCAGAUCUUCAACCACGGCGACAAGUCCCAGAGGUCCGGCAACCGAUCAGCAGCGGACCUCCUCGAGACCUGGAGAUCCUGGACGAAUCACUACCGCGCUCCUCGCCUCAUUCGCAACGACGCUGAGGGCUGUCAUCGAGCGGAACUCACCAAAAGCUGGUGCAGUGCGCGCGGGAUCGAGAUGUUCAUCGCUCCUGGCGAGGCGCACUGGCUAAUGGGCAAGGUUGAGCGCAGGAUCCAGCUGUUCAAGCGGACUCUCACUAAGUUCAGGAAACAGAAUCACGAUUGCGAAAUCGACGAGGCCAUCAGCCAGGUCACGCAUGCGAUCAACGAUCUGGACAAGGUCGGGAACCAUUCACCCUUCGUACACGCCUUUGGUACUGGAGGCCAUCGGGGCUCGGGCAACCCCUUUGCCAUCGUGGACGACAGCAACGGAGAGUCCCGGGGGCAGAGGCGACUUCUGGCACGCCAGAGCUUCAUCGAGGUGGCCGAGCGAAUGGUCGUGGAGCUCAACAACAUGGAGGGGCGCGGGGCUACCAUGUCCGACUUGAUGGAGGUCGCCCGCCGCGGAACGCUCGAGGACCUCACCAACGAGAGUCGACCACACAUCCAGAACUUCGAACCGCAGGCGAUCCAGCCGUCCGAGUCACCCGAGGACAACGAUGAGGAGCUCUUCUCUCGGAUCACCUUCGGCGGGAACCGGGGCGGCACCGACUUCGAGCUGAUCGACGAGAACAUGACGGUCUACUACGAGAUGGUCAAGUCCGAACUUGCGGACAGCAAGGGCGGACGUCGUCUCACUUCUCAGAUGCUGGACUGCCCCGUUGCCAACCAGGCUGAGUUCCGCAAGGCCAUGACGAAGGAGGUCGCCAACUGGAAGCAGUACAAAGGCCUCCGUCGUGUACCCGCUUCCGAGGUAAAGGGCCCUGCGGACGUGAUCCGGUGCCGCUGGGUGCUGACGCGCAAGAGCGAUGGGGCCGCGAAGGCGCGCCUCGUCCUCCUCGGCUACCAGACCAAGGACAUCGGACAGGAGCCGACCGCUUCACCAACGGCCUCGCGCCGCGCUCGGGAUCUACUCCUCACGGUCGCGGCCGCCAACUCCUGGGCCAUCGUCAAGGGCGACGUGACCAGCGCGUUCCCGCAGGCGAGCGACCUGAAGAAGGACCUCUUCGUGGAAGCCGACGAGGCGCUAUCUGCCGAGUUUGGCGUUCAACCUGGUCAAGUGCUACGCGUGGCGAAGCCGGGCUACGGCAUCGGCGAGGCUCCUCGCAAAUGGUGGCAGACGGUGAAGCAGGACUUCGCCAAGCUGGGAUUGCAGGCGCGCGAUCUCGAACCAUGCCUGUGGAGUCUACGCUGUCCUGAGACCAAGGCGCUGCUGGGGCUCAUCAUGUGCCACGUGGAUGGCUUCAUUCUCUGCGGUGACCGAGACCAUCCUGCAUGGCGGAAGGCGCUGAAGAGCAUCAAGGACCUCUACACGUGGGGCACAUGGGAGGACAUGGACGACGGGAUCGACUCCAUCGAGCAGCGCGGCGUGACGAUCGUGAAGAACGAGAAGGGUUUCUUCCAGCACCAGCAGGGCUACAUUGACAAGCUGAAGGAGAUCUUCCCGAAGUACCCGAAGGCCAAGAGCAGCGACCGAUUGACCGAGGCAUGCGACUUCACUGUCUUGGACUGGGGAUCUCGCAAGCUCAAGCGGGUUGCCAGGUCCAGCCUGUCCGCGGAGAUCCAGGAGGCCAGCGACGCGGAGGGCGAGCAGAUGAUGGUUCGCCUGGUGCUCCACGAGGUGCUCUUCGGUUCGGUCGACCUCCGCAAUCGUGCUGCUGCUCUGCAUCACAUUCCAGGAGCUCUCGUGACGGACUGCAAGGCGUUCUACGACGGUGUGGUGAAGUCUGAGUCGGCCGGCUUAGGCCUCGAUGAGAGGAGGACGGCCAUAGAGGCGCUCGCCUUGCGCCGGGCCCUCGAGGAGGGCGAGACGAUCGUGCGCCGGGUGCAUAGCCAUGCACAGCUGGCCGAUGGCAUGACCAAAGCCAGCCAGCAGGCUUUCAACGUGCUCCACGCUUUCCUGAAGAGCCAGCGCUGGAAGAUCGUUCACGACGAGAGGUUCCUUUCGGCUCGCAAACGGUCUGCCCUUGGCAAAGGGAUCUUCGACGAGACGACUGAGACCGACCACAGCGAGGCCAGGGAGAUCCUGGAAGGCAGGAGGCGGGCCCCGCCCCCUGCUAGCGACGUGGCCACGGCAGGCGCCACGCACUCCGAGCUCGAGCAGAUCUCUUUUCCCCCUGUCUGA